UGGUUUCUGGUGAUGGUGGCUUUUCGAUCACAGCAGGCUCUCCACAAGCUGGCCCCAGCUGUCAGUGUGCUGGGCUCUAGAUACCUCACUCACCUACCUGACUUUCCUCAGAGCUGACUGUACCUUCCGAAAAGCCCCUAUCUCCAGGCCUUGUUCAAAAUUCCAGUAUGUCUCGUCUGUUGGUGGUCAGAAAUCUAACACGCGGUAUUUUCCGCUCAGGCCGCCUAGCCCUGGGUUGCAGAGCUGUGGUGCGAUGUCUGUCCGACGACUCCGAUUGGUCCUCUAAGCAGGUGCAGAACAAGCUGAAGUGGGUCGAGAUGGAGCAGCCCUCGGGACAGACAAGUAACCGCCUCGCCCGGUCGGAAGUGAAGCCCAAAGAUAUCCAAUGCAGCGAGUUCAACGAGAAAACAGAAGACAGCUUUACCGCCACGUGGGACUUAAGGAACAAUGAACUGGAUGUAGAGCAGCUGGCAGGUCUUUCGGGUCCCGGUGAAGUCGACGAUCCGUACAUGUCGGCCGAGCACGAACAGGAGGCCUCGGAGAAGGAGGAGCACAUCAAAUUCCAGGAGGAAUUGCAAUUUGGUAGGAUGCUGGCAUUGCGCGAACAACUGAACCGGGAGCUCUGCUCCUCCGAAUCCUUUACCACCGAAGAACGAAACUCUCUGGCAUCCGUGAAGGAGAACGUGGACUUCAUGAUGCAGGAGCUAAGCCAGAUCUCAUGUUUGUUGAAGACCCUGCAAGACAACGCCCCCGAUACGAUGAGCCAGGAGGAUUAUGUCAUGGGAAAGCCUUAUUCUUCCUGGGAAUACACACAUCCUCGGUUGAACUCGAGCAAGGUGGAUGCAGAUGUCUCUCUCAGGGAAGUGAAAAAAGAGAAAUUAAGGGAGUCUCCAGACUCGGAAAGCCCUGUAAUAAUCUCUGAUCAAGAAACUGCCUCCUCCGUGGACACACAUUCCAGCUUAAACCCGAACACGGUGGAUGGUAAUGCCUUUUAUGAGGAAGUGAUGGAACUAAAGGAGUCCCAGGAGCACUCAGAAGUACCUGUAAAGACCACUGAAGCCGGAGAAGUACCCAAGGGAGAGCAGUUCAACCCUGAUCAAGAGAUGGCCGCAGAUGAUUCGCCAAAAGCCACGCCCGCAAAACCUUCAGAGAGCACUCCCAAUCCCAAUACAGAUGGCAGGCAGAACCCUCAGACCCAGGAAACCAUACAUACAUAUAGACCUUUCAGAACCAUCGAUGUGCCGGUUCCUAAGCCCAGUCAGAGCUCCCAGGUCGAUGCCGUAGGAAGUGCUGAAAACUCUGCGACGAAAGAUGGCUACACCAUUUGUGCCCAGCUUCCAGAGUCCGAGUCCCGCUUACUAAUGUACAUGGCUCUGAAGCAGGCCCUAAGCGACCUGGAGUCUGGUAGAACCAGCUACAAAGCCACCGUGCUGAUGGCCAAAGAUGAAAACCAAGGUGUGGAUUAGUUUGCAAAAUUAACAAAAAUAGUCAAUAAAUAUUCAAAACAUA